CGUCGAUAAACGUCGUCUGCUCGUUUUGACAGUUAAGCUGUCGCACUUACUCGAGAAAUGUCAUUUUUUUGAGUAGCGUUAAGUAAUUUUCUUUGAGAACGCGCAGUUCAGCUUUCCGUUGUGUCAUUCGUAAAGAACGUUAUUUGAAGAAACACGAAAUCUCGUAGAAAAUGUAUUGACGCGACAGCAUUGUCGUCUGCUUGAUUGACAGCUGCGCAAGUUCAGAAAUCAGCGCUGAAGGAGCGAAGGAUAUACUACGGGUACAUUUGGAUUUGUGACAGUUUUAUCCAGAACGGGAAUGUAUUAUUGCUAAAAUGAUAAUUAUAACGAAGUUCAUAUUAGAUUUGUAAAGAUAUAAUUGUACAUGUUAUAUAUUUCGUUUUACUUCUCACUUAAAAAUGGAGGCAGAAGUUAGAGUCAAUCACCGUUUCUCAAAUAUUUUCAAUCACGAUGCGGUUUGUUAUGGAUUUUAUCGUGAAUGACGUGUCGAUGCAUAGUCAAUGCGAAGCUGAAACACAAAGUGAAUUUCGUAAUAAUACAGAAGAAGAUUAUUCGAUUUGAGCCAAAUUAACCUUCGAUUUUCAAUGAGCACGAUGGUUUAAUACCAAAUUUGGUUUUACAGCACAAUAAUAUGUUGACAAAUUUCCGAUCUAUAGUUCCUCGAAGUGAUUAAGGAUGAAAAUGCACAGAGAAAAUGAAUUUUACUUCUGCAAACAAUAAAUCAAGAAGUGGAAAACAGAUUGUCAUCCUAAAUAUUACAAUUACAAAUAUGCAUUAUUUACAGUCACUUUAAUUAUUCUAUAUAAAUUGUCCAACAUGAAAGUGUUAAAUUUAUUAAUAUGUGAAGUGCAAUUAUUUAUCGACAUAACAUUGUAAAUCUAUUGAUUUAAAUGCAGAAAACUAUGCUGAUAAUAAAGUACUAUGAUAAAGCACUAUAAAUGUUAACAAGAUAGUCAUCUUGUUUUAUAAUUCUAGUCUAUAUAGUACAAUAAAAUACAUAUUAUUGCUAAUGCAUUCUUCAUACAAUAACAAUAUACAUACAAAAUAUUUACACUAUUGAUGAACAUUAAGAAAGGAAGAAUUAUUGUUUACAUCUUCACUCCUUUGAAGGACAACCACAAGGGUAUAAAAGAAAUGCUAUAAAUGCCUAAGUCUUGAAUCAUUUGUUAGUGAUAUAUAUAUACAACAGAUGAACUUAUUGAAGCAUUUCUGAAUGAUUUAUAUGAUACUACAGAACAAUACAUGAUUCAUUGAUGACAUAUAAAAUGAACUAAUUAUAUAAUGUCUGAAGUAUAAAACUGCAAAUACCAUGGAGCAUCAUGAAGAGAAUGAUACGUCUAAUGCCAAGUCAGAUAUUUCUCCUAAGUCAAAGCAAAAGAAAAAAUCACUUUGCCGUAUACUAAUGAACAAAAAGACUAAAGUUGGAUGCUUAGAAACGUCGUACAAGGAUGGGGAUUCGAAUAAAAAUUCUAAAUUGGAAAAUUCCCAACACGGAUCUCAUACUAGUACAAAGCUUUCGCUGUGCUGUGCGAUGACUGAACGUAGCAGGACACCUCCGCAGAGUUUAACUGUCAGUAGAUUAUCUCCAACCACUUUGAGUCGUACAUCCGUCAAAUCCGAGGUAGCGUCUGCUAAUGGGAAUUGUCAAACGGAUGCGAUGGUUGAGAAAGAAGAAAUGUAUUUAGCGAGUAGCACGCACAAUAUCCAGGAGAGUUUUGCUGAAAGAAACAGCAGUUUUACAAGAAGAGAACAACAAGGUGCAUUUAUUGAAGGUGAAAACUCAUCAUCUGGAUCUAUAUCUCCAAAUGUUCCUGCAUAUUUAAGGCAUAGACUUGUUCAUAGGCGAUCUGUAGACAAUUUAGUGACAAAUUCGCCAACAAAUUCUAUGCGACAUUCGAGUCCGGAAUCUAUUAAAAGUGCACCUGUUCAACUUAAACCACGUUCUACAUCUCACGAUGCUUUAUCUAAAAAGAAAGAUCGUCAUCAAUCCCAAACAUCCGGAGCAUCGAUGGAUAGUUUGGCAAAGCAAGCACUAUUAGCUGCUCAAGUUCUAAAUCUAAUUCCUACACAGAAAGCACGAGAAAGAAAUUUCCUUCAUGGAAGGAUCGCCGCAAAUUCACUGCUCGGACCAGUGGAACUCGAAAAAGUAUUACCGAAUCGUGAAAUAAAAAUUUUCAUCGGAACGUGGAAUAUGAAUGGACAGAAUCCACCAAAAGAAUUGAACGAUUUUAUGUUACCGUCGGAUAUAGAAACUGUUCCAGAUUUGUUAGUUAUUGGAACACAAGAGUCGUGUUCCGAACGAGGUGAAUGGGAAGCAGCUUUACAAGAAACUCUUGGUCCAUCCCAUGUGCUACUCUCUAGUACAGGUCUAGGAACGCUACAUCUUGCACUCUUUCUGAGGAGAGAUUUAAUUUGGUUCUGUUCCAUUGCUGAGGACGCUAGUUUUUCAACUAGAACGGGGACUGCCUUUAGAACAAAAGGGGCCGUCGCUAUAGCUUUAAUGUUAUUUGGCACAAGUUUUCUAUUCGUUACCGCACAUUUAACCGCACAUCAAGAUAAAGUUAAAGAAAGAGUGAACGAUAUUAAAAGAAUAAUUAGGAACCUUGAUCUACCGAAAGAUCUGCCAACAAGACAUAAAAGCAAAGACGUAACACAAAAUUUUGACUGCGUGUUUUGGUGUGGCGAUUUAAAUUUUCGGUUAGCGCAGCCAAGGGAAGAAGUUAUACAGUGGGUUACGGAUACAUCCUUUCCGCAGCAAUCGCCGGUAAAUUUGCACAAAGAUCAAUUGCAAACGAUCCUCAACGAGGGAGCUGUUUUACGUGGUUUCGAGGAGGCACCGAUCACAUUUCCUCCUACGUACAAAUAUGAUCCAGGAACACAAAAUUUCGACUCUAGCAGCAAACAACGCACACCCGCGUAUACCGAUAGAAUUCUCUUUAAAGGGAAAGGACAUACAAGAGGAUACAUUAGAAGAGUUAGUUACGAAAGCUCUGGUUCGCAUAAAGAUGGAGUUAUAGAAUGUUUGGUCUACGAUUCUGUGCCAAGUAUUUGUACCUCAGAUCACAAACCUGUAUGGGGUGUUUUUAAAACAACCAUAAGGCCUGGAAUUGACACUAUUCCGCUGGGUGCUGGACUGUUUAAUCGUGAAAUAUAUUUAGAAGGCAUAAAGAGACGUGCAGCUGCCAUGGACGAUUCUCAUGGAACUUCUAAAGUAUGUUCCAUUCAAUAAAUAAAUCUAAGUAUAAUGUGAAGUUCAUUCAGACAGGAAUUUCCUAUUGACAAAUUUAUAUAAAGAUGAGCAUUGUAUUCGUUAUAAUUUUUUAAUGGCAGCAUAUGAGAGCAGCUGUAUGCGAUUCUUGCGAUUAAUAUCUCUUCUUUUUUUGUAUGCUCUAGAUAUACAUAUAUGACAAAUUUAUAACUGUUCAUAACAUUUUUAUAUAUGAAUAAGAAAUACCGUUUUCUAGUACAGUUUAUAGAGUAUAUUAUUGUACAAUAUGCACUUUGUAAUAUCUAGUCAAAAUAAUGUAGGUAGGUUCACUAUUCUUAU